AAAUAAUUUAUAAUAUUCCAUUAAAGUUGGACUAGUAUAAUAUUCCCAACCCACUAUUUGCCACAUCAGACAAAAAAAAUAUGGCUCAAUAAUUCUUAUACUCCACUGAUUCUACAGUAUUAAAAGCUAGCUUCAUAUAUUGCAUAUAAAUAUGGUGUAUACUUGUGUGCAGAGAGAGAGAGAGAGAGAGAGAGAGAGAGAGAUUAUAUACUGUGUGUUUAUAUCAGUAUGAAUAACUGUGAAAGUGAGUAUGAAGAACUGGUACAUGAUCUGAAGGAUAAAGUUCUGGAUAACAAAAAUGGUGAUGAACAAUUAGUUAAUUGCAUGGCAAAAAACAUGACUACUGUUUUAUCAAGAAAGAAAAGAGCUGCAGUCUUGAUAUGCAUUUUUACUGGGACGACAGACGGCGAACUACGCGUGAUUCUUACAAGAAGAUCCAUGAACCUAUCUUCUCAUCCAGGAGAUGUGGCAUUGCCAGGUGGAAAGAUGGACGAAGGCGACGUUGAUGACUCAGCAACAGCUCUAAGAGAAGCAACGGAGGAAAUUGGACUUGAUCCGGGUCUUGUCCGGGUCGUUGCCAACUUAGACCCUUUUAUUUCUUCGAAUUUACUAAGGGUGGUGCCGGUUGUAGGACUAUUAUCCAGGAUACAGGAUUUCAAGCCUGUCCUUAAUCCAGAUGAAGUUGAUGCUAUAUUUGAUGCCCCAUUGGAGAUGUUCCUCCAGGUUUCA